CUUUAGGAAGUGGUUUCACUUGGCCAAUUCCUAGAGUGACAGUAGAAGUGAGUCAAGUUUUUGGCGCCGUUGCCGGGGACGGCUAGGUUGUUGAAGAAAAGUGAUUUCUGUUAAUUUAGCUUUUCUUUUCGCUUUGUUUGCUUUGUCCCACUUGUGCCUUCACGGGUUUGCUUGCUUGAGUGUGUGCAGGUAGUGCAUGACCCGUAGCCGGUCGGGAGGUUUACUACCGUUGAAUCCAGAGAUUGACCGCACCUGUCGCCAACUCAGGCGACAACAGCGAGCUAGACUGGCUACGGAAGAGCGCAUAGACGGCCACCUGAGUAGAGAUUCUGAGGAAGAGUACGGGAUGGACGGAGAAUACAAUCCACACCAGGGGAAUCCUCAGCAGGCUCCCCCGGUGAAUAAGGUCCUGGGGAACAACCCCAUACCCCAGGCAGAUGGGGUUCAUCAUCAUCACCAGCCGCCGGGUCCCACCUUGGAGUACUACUACACUCCACGGAUUGCUGACAUCCGCCCGGUCAUCCUCUACCCGCCUAUUCCAGCAAACAACUUCGAGAUCAAGCCAUGCUGGAUUCAGCUCAUUACAUCCUCUAUCCAGUUCCAUGGCUUGAAGGAUGAGGAGGCCAGGGUACAUCUUUCCCGUUUUCUGCAGCUGGCGAACGGGUUCAAACUGAAUGGUGUCCCCGAUGGUGCAAUCCGCCUUCACCUUUUCCCCCAUUCUCUGGCGGGGAAUGCUAAGAGGUGGUUGGAGACCCAGCCCCCAUUGUCCAUCACCUCUUGGGACGAUCUGACUGACAAAUUCGUGCACAUGUACUAUCCGGCAUCGAAGACUACAGAGAUCCAGCGGGAGAUCACUCACUUCCGCCAAGAGCCAGAUGAGUCACUUCGUGAUGCUUGGGAGCGGUACAUGGGAUAUUUCUGGCAGUGUCCCCAUCAUGGCUUCAGUGAUGCAUUCACAGUGGGGAACUUCUACAGUGCUCUCUCUCCGGACAGCCAGAGGGUGAUUGAGUCUCUAUGCCCAGGAGGGGAUAUUCUUACUAAGACUCCACCCGAGCUGAACCAGAUGAUCAAUACCUUGGCUGCCAGAGAUCAUUCUUGGGGGCAGAGUAGCUGAGGCAGACAUUCCUGGAACCGUGGUGUGCACGCCAUGGAGACUAGAUCCGGGCUCGAGCAACAUGUAGCUGAGUUGGUGCAGACAUUGAAGCAGCCCAACAGUCUUAUUCCGGGCAGAGGUUUGGC